AUGCAAGGCGGCAACGAUGUCCGCCCUAGCGCCCCAGCGCCCCGGCGGCACCCCCUAGCGCCCGCGCUUGCGCAUGCUGCACUCGCGGCCGCACCUUCCGCCCACGCUCGCUGCGCCUGCCGCCGCCACGCCCGCGCCUGCCACCGCCGCGCCUUCCACGACUACCGCGCCCUCACUGCGCCUGCUACCGCGCGUGCCCGCGCCUACAGCGCUCGCGCAUACCACCGUCGCGCCUACCGCCACAUGUGCCUGCUGCGCCUGCGCCUGUCGCGCCCGUGCCUGCCGCGCCCGCGCUGUUGCUGCUGCGCCCGCGAUGCCGCCGUAAGUGCAUGCGCCUGCCGCCACACGCGCCCGCGUGCGCCUGCCGUGCGCCUACCGCGCCCUCCCGAGCGCCUGCCACGCACCCUGCUGCUCCCUGCCGCGCACCCUGCUGCGCCCUGCCGCACCGUGCCGCACCAUGCUGCCCCGCCUCAAGCUGCACCUGCCGGCGCGCCUGUCGCCGCGCUUGUCGUCGCCACCGUGCCUGCAGUUGUUGCCUGCCGCUGCCACUGCAGCCGGGCAUAA